AUGAUAUCUCGUCGUUUGCGACCCAUUCCGCCACCGCCACCACCAGCGCCACCACCACCACCACCGCCACCUCCGCAUCCUCCACCACCACCACCACAACCUCCACCACCUCCACCACCUCCGCAACCGCCACCGCCACCUCCACAUCCGCAUCCGCAUCCGCAGCAAGACUGGCAGCACGACUGGCAGCAUGAUGUCUUACAGCAUCUGAAAUACGGUACUCAUGCUAGGGCUUGA